CGACCUUUGAGAGUUGCGUAAUCUCCGUGGUAGACUACGACCCGCGGUGUUGUGAUCAGGUCGUAGAUGUGAUACCGUCAGUAGGUAUUUCAGGUGCACCAAUUGUUUACACCACAAUAGAAGUAUAUACCACGACAGGCAAAGUACCCACUCGUCAAGCGAACUGUCGCUCCCGAUAUGUAAAUAACGAUAAGAAAAUGGGAAGGAAAAAUAAUAAACCGAACGAACAACAACACUGUCAACUGUCAAAAACUUCCGGAAAACAACAUGAUUAUUUCAGUGUUAAGGAAACCGCUAUAUUUUGUCAGCAAACUACGAACAGUUGGAUUUAGAUGCAUCAACACAAGAGCCAUGGACGGUGUGCAGUUGUCCAUCCGUCCAAACGAUGUACUGGUGGAUGAGAGGGUGUCUGUCCAUGUGUCUGGUCUAGCUUCAAACCAAAAAGUGACUAUAUAUUCUACAAUCAAGGGUAAUAAAGGAGAGGUUUUUGCCAGCUGUGGGUGUUACAGUUCAGGAAAGGAUGGUACAGUGGAUCUUGAGAACACACCUGCCGUAUCUGGCACAUACACAGGUACAGACGGUAUGGGGUUUAUUUGGAGUAUGUGUGCCACUUCAGGUGAGAAGCUAGGACUAAGACUGCUGCAAUCUGAUGUCACCAAACCUCAAUUAGUGAACAUUUCUGUCCACAAUGGUCACCUCUCUCUGACGGACUUGUGUCAAGGUCACUCGAAACCACCAAUGGUGUCAGAUGUGUUGAGCCGUUGGUACAAAUCUCCUGAAGUCAGCAGGAUACCGGUGAUGUCAGGAAGACUACGGGGGACUCUGUUUCUAUCCAAUGGUCCUGGGCCAUUUCCUGGUGUGAUAGAUAUGUAUGGAGCAGGAGGUGGAGUUAUGGAGCACCGGGCUGCCUUGCUAGCAUCACGAGGCUUUGCAGUUUAUGCACUGCCAUUCUUUGGAUAUCAAGAUCUCCAAAAGAGUUUCAAUGACCUUGAUCUCAACUACUUUAAGGAGGCAGUAACGUUCCUGGACACUCACACUCAUGUCCAGUCAGAUGGCAUUGGUAUCAUAGCGACCUCUAAAGGGGCAGAGCUUGGUCAGUUCCUGGCAAUCCACUGUCCUCUGGUUAAAGCCAUAGUCAGUAUUAAUGGUAUGCCCUACUUAUCAUUCUCUCCAAUCCAUGAUGGAUCGACUUCUUAUCCAAAUGCCAUAGAGUUAGAUCUUGCUCUAUAUGAGCUUUCUGAGGAAGGGAUCAUUGCCAAACCUGGCCACUGUUUCGACACUUCCAAGUUUUUCAAGGUUUGGGAAUCUGAUGUGAAAAUUCUGAAUAUCUGUGGUGGUGAUGAUAUGAAUGUACACCCAGACCUACAGCAGUUACAAGUUAAAUGCUUCCCUGCCCACAAACGAGACAACAUAGAGCUGUUGGUAUACCAGGGAGCUGGGCACCUAAUAGAUCCGCCCUUUUCUCCGCAUUGUCGAGCCUCAUUUAAUAAAUUAUUACAGAACUGUUUGGUAUGGGGAGGUAAUCCUGUAGACCAUGCCUACGCACAAGAAGACUCUUGGAGACGCAUUCUGACUUUCUUUAAUAGACAUUUACGUGAGGGACAUGCCAGCAAAGAUAGAAUUAAAAGCCUACUGUAGCUAAAAUAGGAAAGACAUAUAUGCAUUUUGGAGUAAAUCUGUUAAUUUUUGUAAUCCUGUGUAAGGAGAUUUAGAGGAAUUUUUCGAGUCAGAUGUGUUACAACAGUUCAACAAUAAUUUUGAGAUAAACGGGUCCCACAAUUAUCAUAAUAGGAGAUUGAAUAUUUGAAAUAGUUUGAAUUUCUCCGAUAGAGAAAUCUGAUUUAUGAUUAAUGAGAGUGCAUGAUGAGAUUGAUAAGCAUUGAUUUUACUUUAUUGAAGGUUACAACCGUGCAUUCACAUGUUCUUAUCUGCAUUUAUUGCUUUUUUAUGGAUAUUGUUGUUUGUUUUUUAGAUAUAUUGUACUUGAUUUGUUGAUGUAUUUUCUUAAUAUCAUAUUUUAUUUUUUGAAUCUAGAAUAAAUCAUAACACCAUAACACUCCUCUUGAUUUGUUAGUGGUGUUGUUAUGGUAACAUCUA